UUGUGCAAUUGUAGAGGGAAUGGCUUAAUCCCAACACAGCAGUGUCUGAACCGGAGCCAUAGAGGAUCAGUCUCCACAGGCCCAUCUGCUCCUCCUAUUUGUGUACACACACACAAACACACACACUUUCCUGCAUGAUGUAGCCUAAUUCCCACUGAAACCAUGUUCUGCUUCCAAGUCUCAAAAGAUAUUCUACAUAUCAUGUCAUAUGAUUGACGUUACCAACUAUAGCUGGCUUCUCAAUCUCCAUCUAAUUUGAGGUUAUAGCAUGUGAUUCCACCUAUCUAGCCAUCUCUAUUGGAAUGAUGACCUCAUAGGCCGGAAACCCCCAUUCUGUCCAAACCCGUAAAUCUCUCAGACGUGGUCCCCAAUUCUCCAAACAAGUAGAUUAUAGUAAUCUGGUAUUAUUCACCUCCACUGCAGAUUAAUCAGGCCCUUCUGUCAUGUUGGCCCACUAAGACUGCAUGGUCGAACAUGAGUGUGAAGUGGCUGUAGGGCAGGCUUCUUCUCCUUCACAUCUCUCCUUCAUCUCUACCGAUCUGAAAACUGCAGGAUUGUUGAAAGUGAUGUAAUAUAAGCCUACCCAGAGAUUUAUUGUCACCUGUCCACCUCUAUAAAAUCAGCCCAAAGAAAGUAUUUGAUAGCCGGACAAUAUCUUUAUUAGCCUGUUUGCUGAUGUAGCACAGUGUUAUCUUUCAAACGUCUUUAUAUAUUCUCAAUAAUUGGCCAAAUUGAGUUUCUGCAUCACGUAGGUCCCGUGGGACAAUUGAAUAGACAUCCACAGGGAAAUCCUCAAAUGGUUUUGUUUAGUGUUCUUUAUAAGGCCUAUUUUGCUUUAAUCAGGACUAUAUCAUUGCUAAAAAAUAUUGGCAAUCAGUGUUGUCUACAUUACAGUAUCGAAUUGUAAAAAGGAAAAACAUUUGAUCAUUGAACUGAAUUUAUCCUUUGCUUUCUCCAGGCUCUGAAUUCCCUCUGAAGGUCCAGGUCAAUGACAUGUCAACCGGCCACGUCCUGAGCCUAGCCACAGUGGAGGUGUAUGUGAACUACACCAGAACCAACUCUGCUCUCACCACUGAGGACGGUAGAGUUUUUCUUCAUGUGCCCUACCAACUGGGGUUACCCCUCACCAUCGUGGCUAGCAUGGAUAGUUACCUGGUCACCCUGCUGCCCUGGAAAACCACCAGGAUACCAAUAUUUUCAGCUGUGACCAUGUCCCUGUUGUCCAUACACCAAGGCAACAUCUGGUGGUUUGACGAUUCAGUUCUGAUAACUGGCAAAACAUCUGAUCCCUUGUCUCAGCCCAGGGUCCAGUUCCCUAAGAGUCUCCUGAACCUGACAGACAGAAGAAGCCUCUCCUCUUUCAGAGCUUACAUUACAACGCCUCAGCCUCCCGCUGGGAAAGACUGCUACACCACUGGCCUUCUCAUCAACCAGUCAGGAUACAGCAGCAUUGAGUUGAGCCCCAUAGCAGCUGUCAGUGCUCAACUCUUGUCCAAUGGCAGAGAGAUCCAGGUGACCGGGCCAGUACAGAUCACUCUACCCCUGGGGGACAACUCUGGACUGCAGGCCUCUCAUGCUGUGCCAGCCUGGUCCUUUGACCAUACUACUGGUGCCUGGAUGAACAGAGGACUGGGAAUUAUGAAGAUGGAGGAGGGGAAGUUGUUUUGGACCUUCAUGGCUCCUCAUCUAGGCUAUUGGAUAGCAGCACCCAUGCCUUCGAUCAAGGGUUACAUGGGACAUGCCACCCCUAUGGACUUCAUCUCCUACCAUAGCUCCUUGAUCGUGGCUGUGCUAGGAGGAACUCUUGUCUUCCUUGUUGGAGUUUUAGCAGUGAUGCUCUGUUGUCGUAGUGAACCUAAGACAAAGAGGAUCCACGCCACCAAAAUGGCGUCGUUGAAGAUGGACCAAACCACCACGACAAAUGACAACCAACUCUGCGAAGUGUCCUCUCAAGACUCCACCCACUCUGAAGACGUAUCCCACCAAUUAUUAAUGAGGAGGGGCGAUGGCAAAUCGGUCGAUUCAGCCACUUCCAAGUACAAUGACGACUUCAACAUUUACAUUGAGGGUACAGAUCUUAUUGGUUCAGAGUCCUCCAGGCCUUUGCAGCAGGCCCUUCUUGUCAACAGCAGUGACAUUCUGUGGACACGGGACAUUUCUGAGGGGAUAAAUAUACCUCUCUCUCUCAUUGAGAGCUUGUUCCUCCAGGACAAACUGCUCCAAUUCCACAACCAACCUGUGGCUAUCCUCCAUGCUCCGGGGCUUUGGAGCUCACCAGAGCAGCACUCUCCGGGAUGCAGGUCUGCCACCCUGCCCCGAACAGGUGGGAUGUACGACCUUGGGCAAGGACAAACUGUGGGCAUGGACAACCUCACACAGACUUUACCCAAGGUCCCUCUGGCCACUCUGGAGCGCUCCCAGGGGCAUGGCAGGGAGGGGCUUCACGGGGACACGUCCACCUUCAAGCCAGAGUCCUGGAGCCGCUACUACAGCAGCCUCCCAGAGUCCGUCUCAGUCCCCGGCACGCUGAACGAGGCCAGAGGAAGAGGAGGCCACCGGCCUGGGGGUGAGCGUCCCUUUUCCAGCGAGCUCCAGGAAGCAGACCAGAAUUCAGAGCAGACCCCCUCAGAGCUCACCAGGGCCAGGCCCUCUCCUCUCGCCCCGCGGGCAUGGUUUGUAUCCCUGGAGGGCAAACCGGCCGCAGAGAUCUGCCGCAACUCUUCCUCCGCCACGGACUCCAAGAGAAAACGCAGGGCGGCAGGGGACAGCCGUGACACCAGUCUUGACUCUGGAGUGGAUAUGAGCGAACCCAACAACCAGCCAACUGUUGGGAAUAGGCAGACGACGCUGGAUCGUAGUGGCACCUUUGUCAAGAGAGCCACGCUCCAUAUUAAGCCCCCCCUUCUCGUCUCCGGUGAGGAAUUGAACAAAAAGUGCAGCGGGAAAGGCGCCAUGGGGGGCCAGACCCUGAUUGAUGACGCCCCCCUGGGGACCGUCCUGGGUGUAAGUGGAUCUAGCGGAACUGCUACCAACGUCUCACAGGAGAGAGGGGAGGGGCCGAGUGCUUGCCCAGAGAGACAGUGAGUUCAGGGCUAUACUCAAUUGUGGAAUGUUCAGAUAUAAAUAUAUUAUGUAGAAUAAACAUGUCCCUCUGACAUGAACAAUAAGUAUUCAUGUCAGUUCUAUUCAUGACAUUUCUAUCUGCAACGCUCUACAACGUUUGCCUACUGAGUGUGACCCUGGGACACCUCACCCCCAGGAAACCAUGAUAAGGACAAUGACAAGAACCUGGCAUCACAUGGAGGAAAAGCCACUCACAAAGCUGAACUAGGAGCAUGAGCUGAAGUUGUGUAGGUGAAUAGUCAUAGACAUAAAAUUGCACUGACUGUGUCAAUACAUGUUAUGACAAUGCCUAAAGGUGGUGUUGUACAAUCUAUUGUAUUAAUCUGUCGAAUGCAAACACGGUGAAACUUAAAUGAAUCUUAGUUUCACUUCACGUGUUCCAUUUCUUACUCAUAACAUAGAAUGCAUUCGUGUAGGCUGCACCUUUACAAAAACGCCAUGCAUGUCUUCACUUAAGUUUCAUUGUGAAUCAGCCUGUCUGUUAUUGACUAUACUCACAUAAAGAAAGUCUGUUACAUUCCUGGAAGUAAGCACAUAUUUGCCUCAGCAACAUUUUAACUUGUCAGUACGGAAAGUUGUAUGGUCUCCAGAUUUACGUUUACUACCAGAUUCUGCUCUGUUAGACAUCCUGUCCUGUGGUAAAUUAUAUCUUCCUGUCCUGUAGCCCUUGAACUGUAUGUUGGGUGAGAUGGCUGCUCCCGCUCUGUUGAAAACCAGCUGUUGUUCAUCUAGUUUACGGGAAUCUAGACUUCUCUCAUUCCACCUCUGCCACUUAAAUGUAACUGCUUGUACUUGCUGGUACUUCACAGCAGUCAUGGUUUUAUCAACUAAAGUCUAUUAUUCUUGUCUUCCCUAGAUUUUGUACAAUUUAUAAUGGCAUGAGUUGUUGUUUAAGUCAAGAGAAUAUUGAAAGAGUAAUUACAUUUUCAAAUAUGCUUGUGUGAGCCUGUUAUGAUGCAUAUGAGUUUGCUUGCAAAUGACUCAUCACUGGUUGGCACAGAGGCUUAUUGUCACGACUUCUGCCGAAGUCAAUGCCUCUCCUUGUUCGGGCGGUGCUCGGCGGUCGACAUGCCAAUGACCAAAAACACAACCCGUUCAAUGUUAAUUAUGAUUAUUGAUAGUUUGUAUUUAGGUAUAUACAGUAUUAGGGGCACUUCUAUGGAAACUUUGAUCGCUUUUUCAUUGCCACUCGUCUUUGAUUGCUUUUUAAAAUAAAAUAGCAGCAUACAUCAACAUUUGUAGUGAUAAAAGCAAUUUAGAAAUACUUCAUAUGGUUAUGAUAAGAAAACAUACAACUCUUACAGUAAAGCUUUUAAAUACGUGUUACUAUACAGUACAUAAAUACAUAAUGCACCAAUUUAAUGGUUGGGUUUGCUGGUACAAUGUUUUUAUUAUAUGCUGUAAGGUCAUUAUCUAACAUGGCAAAAACUAAUGUGUUUUGAAGCUUCAUCCAGCCCAAUGGUGUAUGCGGAUUGCAGCAGCACUGUUGAUACCAGGAAACUGUGUUCCCAUAGCGUGUUUUCAUGUUAGUGACAUUGGUGCACUAUUUCUCGAUGUAUCACCUUUUCUCUUUUAGGACCAUCACGGCCCAAGAACAUGACAUAUUCUCCAUCG